CAAUCGCUAUCAGGUAGUACGGAGUACGGGCACAGAUAGAAAAUUUCGGCUGCGACAAUUAGAAGAUUUUAUUUUUUUAUUUUUCGCGACCUUUUAAUCAUACAAUAAGAAAAAAAUAAUCGACCAACACACAAUAUGGCUUUCAAUUUAUUCAAUCGAUCCGCAAGUAAAGUGAUCAGAAAUGCGAUCGUGCCGUCAUCGACGACGGCUACGAGAGGGUUGUUCACUGGAGCUGUCCGAUCGGCCAAAGAAGACAAGGGAUUAGAACAAGUUUAUGUCAAAAAAGAAUCACUCUUACUGGACACUAAUAAUGUCAUUGGAAAGACGGCCAACACGAGUGUUCAGAAUUACAUCGAAGUCGAUAACAAAGUAGAUUUGAGUUCUGUUACCGGUGUACCCGAAGAACAUGUUAAAACUCGUCUAGUAAAAAUCAGUAAAGCUACCAAAAAUGUCAUGCAAUCCGGUACCGACAACACUCAUAAUUGGGUGAUGGAAUUUGAUAACAGAGAACGUUGGGAAAAUCCAUUAAUGGGUUGGACAUCGACUGGUGAUCCGUUGUCAAACAUGAAGAUUGAGUUUGUUGAAAAAGCUGAUGCCAUCAAUUUUUGUGAGAAAAACGGAUGGAAAUGGUACUUAGAAGCUGAGUCUAAGACCAGGCCAAUAAGAUCAAAGUCUUAUGCAAACAACUUCUCAUGGAAUAAACGUACAAGAACUUCUACUAAGUAAACAUACACAGUAUUUGUGUAAUAAUAGUUAAAGCGAUGCCUGUAAAAAAAAUAUAUAUAAUUAAUUUUCAAUCUAAAACCUGUUACUAUAGUGUAAAUUAGACACGCCGUUUUUUAUAGGGUAAUAAAAUUCAAUACUCAUUUGUUGAAA